CUCUUUACCACGAAUGUAUAUGCGUCCGUGUUCGUUACACAGAAUAAUAUUCUGUUUCUGUGCUCAUAAACAUUAAGCACGAUUAAAGAUAGUACUAUCUCAAGAUUAAAAUUAGUUACUACCAUAGAUAAUAAGUCAUUCCUUAACCCUCGUGUACUCAGUAGUAUUUAUAUUUUUCAGUUUCUUAUUCCAUUGUAUCCUAUCCCUUAAUCUAGACUCUGGAGUUCUACCGAAAUGGCUGCUAUAAGUCUUUUAAAUCCAAAAGCGGAAUUUGCGCGUGCUGCCCAAGCAUUGUCUUUAAACAUUUCAGCUGCUAAAGGUAUACAAGAUGUGAUGAAGACAAACUUGGGACCAAAGGGAACAAUGAAAAUGUUAGUAGCCUAAAGUGUCAAACAUAAGCAAGUAUAUUAACUGUAAUAAUAAAUACUAUUUACAAUGAGUUUGUAAUUUUUACCACUUACGAUUUUUUUAGAUGGAAAAAUAUUACAUGCAAAUAAAUGGGUUUUUUCUUUAAUUUAAUUUCUAGACCAUCUGGUGCGCACAAACAUUUUAAUAUACAUUAGGUAUUAUCAAUAUUAUUAUUAUUACCUAAUUUAUUUGAAUAUUUUAAGAAUAAAACAAUUUUAUAGAUUUUUUAUGAAAUCAUAGGUAUACUUAGUAGGUAGAUACUUGGAAUUUUAUGAAUAACCAUUUUAUUCUAUUAAACCAUCAAUUCAAUAAUCUCUUAUACACAUGUAUUCACGUACUUUUGUGUGGAAAUAUUCAAUUUUCUAUGGGCAAUUCGGAAAUUUGUCAGAUACAACCUUAAUUGUUCAACAUUAUCUCAAUAACUCAAAUUAAAUUUGAAUUUAUCAUUUUAUUUUACUUAAUGGUAUUAUUUAAUUCUAGGUUGGUCUCUGGAGCUGGAGAUAUUAAAAUUACAAAAGAUGGCAAUGUACUCUUACAAGAAAUGGUAAUAAAAACAUUAUACUUAAGUAUUCAGUGAUUAAUCUUUGGUUGCAAUCUAUCUAUUAGUUACUUCCUUAAAUUAUAUUUGAUAUUUAUUAUUUAAUAGUGAUUUACAUUUAAACAUUAAGAAGAAGAUAUAAAAUCUAUGCAAAUUAUAUCUUUAAUUGUAGUAAAGUAAUGUUAAUAAGAUAAAUAGUUAUAAUUUAUUAAAUUCUGAUUUAAAUAAACAUUUAAAUGUAAACUUAAAGUUUCAUUUUAAAUUGGGGGUCUUUUGUACAAUAAUUUUACAAAUUUUAAAUAAUGAUAUUAACUUAAUUAUUGCAUAUGGUAUACCUAUAUCGUAUUCAUGCUUUUUCAGCAAAUACAACAUCCUACAGCCAGUCUUAUUGCCAGGGCAUCUACUGCCAUGGAUGAUGCAACUGGUGAUGGAACUACAUCUACAGUUUUGAUUAUUGGAGAAUUUUUAAAACAAGCUGAAAAUCUUAUUUCUGAGGUAAAAAUGUAAUAUAUUUGAGCAAACAUUUUUUCAUCCAAUAAUAAUCAUACUAAAUAAUAUAAAAAUAUAUUUGUUUUAGGGUGUGCAUCCUAGAGUAUUAACAGAAGGUAUGAUUAAAGCUAAAGAUAAAGCCUUGGAAUUAUUGGAAGAAAUAAAAGUUGUAGGAAAACCAGAUCGUCAACUACUUUACAAUGUGGCUACUACUUCUCUUCGCACUAAAGUAGAUAAAAAAUUAGCAGAUCAAAUGGCAGAUAUGUGUGUUGAUGCUGUAUUAAGUGUUCAACGUGAAGAUGGUAUAAAUUUACACAUGGUCGAAUUAAUGGAGAUGCAACAUAAGACAUCUACUGAAACAACUCUUAUAAAAGGUAAAUUAUUUAUCUACUAUUUUAAAAAUAAAGGUAUAAUAAAAUUAUUUAUUGUAGGUCUAGUUCUUGACCAUGGGUCUAGACAUCCAGAUAUGCCCAGAAAAGUUGACAAUGCUUAUAUUUUGACUUGUAAUGUCAGUAUGGAAUAUGAAAAAAGGUAACAAAAUAAUUAAUCAUCAUUCUUGUUGUAAACAAAUAUUUAGUAUUAAUAUUCUUAUUUAGUGAAGUAAAUUCUGGAUUUUUCUACAAAACUGCUGAAGAAAGAGAAAAAUUAGCAUUAGCAGAACGUGAUUUUAUUGAACAAAGAGUAAAAAAAGUCAUCGAAUUGAAAAGAAAAGUUUGUCCCCCUGGCUCUGGAAAAUCAUUUGUUGUUAUAAACCAAAAGGUAAUAUGCACAUUAUUAAAUACCAAAGAAAUGUGUAUAUUAAUUCGAUUUUACAAUAUUAUAUUAAUUUUUCCAUACAUGUGUUAUUAAUCGUAUAUAUAUGGUAGGGUAUUGAUCCAUUUUCUCUGGACAUGUUGGCAAAAGAAGGCAUAAUUGGUUUAAGACGUGCCAAGAGGCGUAAUAUGGAGCGUCUGUCAUUAGCAUGUGGCGGAUCUGCUGUUAACAGUGUUGAUGAUUUAACUGAAGAUAUCCUUGGUUAUGCUAGUUCGGUUUAUGAAUAUGUAUUGGUAAGAUUUUUGUUUUAUUAUAAAUAAAAUAAAUUAAUAAUGUACACGUUUUGAAUAUUUUGUUUAGGGUGAAAAUAAAUAUACAUUUGUUGAAGGUUGUAAAAAUCCUCUAAGUGUUACCAUAUUGAUGAAAGGACCUAAUAAAUAUACAUUAACCCAGAUCAAAGAUGCUAUUCAUGAUGGUUUGAGAGCAAUUAAAAGCUCUAUUGAUGACUGUAAUUAUUAAUGAUUGUUAAUUGAGUUAUAAAUGAGCUAUAUAUUAAAAUGUUAUAAAUAAUGAUCAUUCAUUUCAGGUGCUGUAGUACCAGGAGCUGGGGCUUUUGAAAUAUAUGCUUGGCAAGAAUUACAAAAAUUUAAAGAUGAAAUUAAAGGCAAAAGUCGCUUAGGAGUUCAAGCUUAUGCUGAGGCUUUAUUGAUCAUACCUAAAACCAUUUGUAAUUUUAGUUUUUAUUUUUUUUUUUGCAAUUAUAUAAUUUUUUGUUGUGUAAUAUUUUUAGCCAUCAAUAGUGGCUUUGAUGCUCAAGAUAUGAUAGUUAAAUUACAAGAAGAGAGCAGAGAGAGCAAUGGUCCAGUAGGAGUAAAUGUUGAUAGUGGUGAAGUUCUCCAACCAGUAGAUGCUGGAAUAUUUGAUAAUUACUGUGUGAAAAAACAAAUCUUAAACUCAUGGUAUGGAAUUUCAAUUUCAUUAUUGAGUCUAAACAGUUAUUUUAAACUUUUAAUUAUAUUUAUUGUAUUGUUUUUUUCUUUUUUAUAGUACUAUUAUUGCUAGCAAUCUCUUGCUUGUCGAUGAAAUAAUGAGAGCAGGCAUGUCGUCACUGAAAGGAUAAAUUAUGCUUCAUUGUUUUUUUCUAUUUUGCACUUUAACCUAAUUUACAUUACUAAAAAGUUUCUACUACAAUUAAAACUGACUAAAAUUAUUAAUUUUACUAUCAUUAUAUAAGUAUGUUUAAUAUUAUUAUUUUUUUAUAUGAAAAAACCUUGUAAUUUAUAAAUUGAUUUUAAUAAUAAAAAAUAAAUGAUAAAUAUUAUUACUAA